AUCCCUUCUGCCUUGCCAGUCCUCCCCGCCAGCGGGGCCGGGAGCCCGGCGACUCCCUAGGUCGCAGGGCCUCUCUUGCGUGACCGAGCGGACUCCGCUGCCUACGGCAGCCCACCCCCAGCCCCUGCUCUGAGGCACCGAGAAACGAGGAGGCCCGUGGCGAGUCUCCACGUGGGUACCGGCGCUCUCGGCGCCUGUAGCCACCCGCCCGCCGGAAGCCGACAUCUCGAGUUCUGGCAGAAGCAAUUUGCGCGGCGAGGAGCGGAGCGGCAGGAACCCAAUAAGCUGCUUCGCCUCGGAGCUGAAGCCCGUACUCAAGAUGGCGGCUCCGGGCGGGCGUGGCCAGUGACUAGAGGCGAGGCGCCGCGGGACCAUGGCGGCGGCGGCGGACGAGCGGAGUCCAGAGGACGGAGAAGACGAGGAAGAGGAGGAGCAGUUGGUUCUGGUGGAAUUAUCAGGAAUUAUUGAUUCAGACUUCCUCUCAAAAUGUGAAAAUAAAUGCAAGGUUUUGGGCAUUGACACUGAGAGGCCCAUUCUGCAAGUGGACAGCUGUGUCUUUGCUGGGGAGUAUGAAGACACUCUUGGGACCUGUGUUAUAUUUGAAGAAAAUGUUGAACAUGCUGAUACAGAAGGCAAUAAUAAAACAGUGCUAAAAUAUAAAUGCCAUACAAUGAAGAAGCUCAGCAUGACAAGAACUCUCCUGACAGAGAAGAAGGAAGGAGAAGAAAACAUAGGUGGGGUGGAAUGGCUGCAAAUAAAGGAUAAUGAUUUCUCCUAUCGACCCAACAUGAUUUGUAACUUUCUACAUGAAAAUGAAGACGAAGAAGUGGUAGCUUCAGCCCCAGAUAAAUCUUUGGAAUUGGAAGAGGAAGAGAUUCAAAUGAACGACAGUUCAAACCUGAGUUGUGAACAGGAGAAACCAAUGCACUUGGAAAUAGAAGAUUCUGGUCCUCUUAUUGAUAUACCUUCUGAGACAGAAGGUUCUGUUUUUAUGUAAACUCAAAUGCUGCCUUAGAAAUCACUCCUAGAUGAAAUGUUUCUCAUAAUAACUUGUCAAGAACUUUUUAGAGUUGUUACAUAAAAAUAAUUGCUGUGUA